CUCUAAUGGCUACUUCCAGCAGGAUAAUGCACCAUGUCACAAAGCUCGAAUCAUUUCAAAUUGGUUUCUUGAACAUGACAAUGAGUUCACUGUACUAGAAUGGCCCCCACAGUCACCAGAUCUCAACCCGAUAGAACAUCUUUGGGAUGUGGUGGAACGGGAGCUUCGUGCCCUGGAUGUGCAUCCCACAAAUCUCCAUCAACUGCAAGAUGCUAUCCUAUCAAUAUGGGCCAACAUUUCUAAAGAAUGCUUUCAGCACCUUGUUGAAUCAAUGCCACGUAGAAUUAAGGCAGUUCUGAAGGCGAAAGGGGGUCAAACACCGUAUUAGUAUGGUGUUCCUAAUAAUCCUUUAGGUGAGUGUAUAUCCCGGUGGGGACCUAAACCUGAAUACACACCAACACAUGGGGACUCGUGUCCACGGGCAAAAAAGCUAAUAAAUUGUUUAUACAAUUUGAAAAAACAAUACUUUUUACAAAUCUAAAAAUGCAAAAAGUGUUCUAUGAUCUUUAGGUUUAGGGAUAGGGGAUAGAAUAUACAGUUUGUACAGUAUAAAAAACAUUACGCCUAUGGACUGUCCCCACGGGGAUAGUCAACCAAAGCGUGUGUGUGUGUGUGUGUGUGUGUGUGCGUGUGUGUGCGUGUGUGUGUGGUGGAAUCAUCUUGUUUUUGAUUUGCAUACACAGUAGGUCGCACAUGAAUCCAAAGACUCGUGCAGCACACACCUAAAAGACGAGCAGACAUAACAUAAAAUAAGAGACAAUGAUGAUCACCAGAGAACAAUGGAAAGUUUACAAGCACAUGGUUUUCUACAGCCUCAUGAUCUUAUUUGUAGUAGUGUUGCUUACUGUCACCCAUACUGCAAACAUCAGCUCCAUACAGGACUUGGAGAGAAUUGAAAGACAAACGCAUGUGAAGAUCAUGGCCGAAGUCGACCUGCAGAAUAAGGGCUUCCAUCACAUUCCUGUAAGCUUCUGGGGGAAUAGCAUUCAACCAGUGCUAUCUACCAAAGGAAAUCCUGUCAUCAAUCAAGACCAAAGACCCACAACCUGGGACAUCAGCAGCUCCAACUGCAGCCCCAACCAUAACUUCUCUUCCUUAGAGUGGUUCAAGCAGCUUGAAUUCAGUUUCAAGCAAUUUUUGCUCUACAGGCAUUGUCGAUACUUUCCUAUCCUGAUGAAUCAUCCAGAGAAGUGUGCUGGGGACGUCUACUUGUUAAUGGUCAUUAAUUCAGUGAUAACACAAUAUGAUCGGAGAGAGGUCAUAAGACAAAUGUGGGGCAAAGAGAAGGUGAUCGACGGCAAUAGAAUCAAGACUCUUUUCCUUCUUGGGACGUCUUCCAAUGAAGAAGAGAGGGCCAACCAUCAAAAACUUCUAGAAUAUGAGGAUUACAUUUAUGGGGACAUCAUUCAAUGGGACUUCAUGGAUAGCUUCUUUAACCUCACCCUAAAGGAGAUCCACUUCUUGAAAUGGUUCUCCACCUACUGCGGAAACACCCGCUACAUCUUCAAAGGGGAUGAUGACGUGUUUGUCAACGUUCCCAACAUCUUGGAAUACCUGGAGAUGAAUGCAGACUUGAAAGACCUCUUUGUCGGUCAUGUUCUCUUCAAAGCCAAGCCCAUUCGCAAAAAGGAUAACAAGUACUACAUCCCUCAAGCCUUGUAUAAGAAGACCCACUACCCACCGUAUGCUGGUGGAGGAGGUUUUCUGAUGGAUGGACCUCUUGCACGUAAACUCUACGGAGCGUGUGAAACUCUAGAGCUCUAUCCCAUUGAUGAUGUAUUUCUCGGGAAGUGUCUAGAAGUGCUUCAAGUGACCCCCAUUAAACACAAUGCUUUCAAAACAUUCGGGCUGGUAAGGAAUAAAACCAGCAAAUUGAAUAGGGAGCCGUGCUUUUUUAAGGCCAUGAUAGUGGUACAUAAAUUGCUCCCACCAGAUCUGAUAAACAUGUGGAAACUGGUCAACAGUGAUUUAGUUUGUUCACAGAAAAUGGAAAUACAACAGUCUGAUUUUGAGCGACAAAAACAAUGAAGAAGGUGCAAAAGAAAAAAUAGUGUGAGUCCCCCACAGAGUUUGCGUCUCAUCUUAAGACAUCCCCACCUUCACCUCCUGAUCCCUUUCUCCCUCUUCUCUCACUUUCAACUCAAAACACUCUAAAACUCACACAUAAACUGUGGUAGAUUUUUUUUACCUUAUAUGGAUAAAACAUCUGAAAAUUUGAAAAGUCAAGCUAACUAUAGGGGGCUGUUUCAAAACACUAUUUGGAAAAUACAAAAAAUUGACAAUAUUGCAAUAAACCUCUUAAUAUAGCAUUUGCUUGUAAGCAUUUAUGAACAGUAGUAAAAAAGCAGAGGACUAUGUAAAGUCACAGGGUGGAGGUUACCAUAAGGUUACCAUACACUUUCAACUAGUAGGUCUUUAUUGUCCCAGUUAGUUGGCAUCCAUUUAAUAAUUGUAAUUUACACUCUAUUAUUGUAUUAUUUACCUUGCUGUGUCGAAACAGAAUUGAGUUUAAUUUAUAUAGACUCUGAAUGAGCCAAGUGGACUAGAUUUGAGACAUAGAAUGAUGGACGUCACGGCUGUGGCUAAAAAGCGGAAUGGAGUUUAAUUUAUAAUUCCUCAAGUGCUUUAAAAAGUGAACGACGUAUGUGCUAAAUAGUAUGUGCCAUUUUAAGAAUAUAUCUAAACUACGUCAUAUACUGUCAAUGUCAGAUGCAGAGAAGUUAAUCCAUGCAUUCAUGACAUCAAGACUAGAUUAAUGUAAUGCACUGUUAGGUGGUUGCCCUGCAGGCUUAUUACAAAAACUCCAACUGGUCCAAAACGCAGCAGCUCGAGUUCUUACACGUACAAAAAAAGUAUGAACAUAUUAGCCCGGUUCUGUCAACCUUGCACUGGUUACAGCAUCGCGUUAACUUUAAAAUCUUGCUUAUUACCUAUAAAGCCCUACAUGGUUUAGCUCCUCAGUACUUGAGUGAACUCCUCUUGUAUUACAGUCCUUCCUUCAGCUGUCCUGUCAGUUGGUAAUACCUAGAAUUUCAAAAUCAAUUGCAGGUGGUAGAUCCUUUUCCUAUCUAGCGCCUAAACUUUGGAAUAGUCUUCCCUGCACUGUCUGGGAGGCAGACACACUCUGUCAGUUUAAAUCUAGACUAAAGACACAUCUUUUUAAUCUUGCAUACACUACACUUCCAUAAUAUAAAUCCUCUGAGGGUUUAGGCUGCAUUAGUUAGAUCAACCGGAACCAAAAACACAACUGAUGUACUUGUUGCAUCAAAGAGUACAGAACAGUACUCUACUCUCAGCCAGUCUUGUCUCAUUGUUCCAAGGUUACCACAGCGAGCAGGAUGCA